UGGAGUUCAAAGCUAAAGCAAAAUAAUAUUGCACAUUGCAGCUCCCACAAACAAUUAAUAAGCUCCUGAGGAAGAGCGAGUUUGAACUCCCCGAAUGUGGGUGUGGCAAUGAUGACGGAAUCAGCACCCGGGCUCUCAUUACGCUGCCUCUUGUAAUAAGAAACACCCUCCUUCUAAAUAGCAGCAGGACAACAGAGACUGCCUUUAAUAUUUCACCAGGCGUUUGCUGACGCGCUCUGGAUUUUCUUGCAUGUUGGUUUUAACCCAGCGUUUGGCAAGAUCUACACGGGAUUUCAUUUCGGAAUAACUAUUCCGCAAGGAAGGUAAUUGUCUCCCAGUAGCCACGAGAAGGGGAGCUUAGCUUGAAAUGAGAAGAUUUGUAAGACCGAAGACACUGGGCUUCGAGACCGAUGGUGUUGCUGUCAAGUUAUUCUGGAGUGACUAACCGGACCGGGAGUGCAGAAGGCGGAGAUGUGGUUAAGAAUAAUGCGGAGGGGUAUGCCGGCGUGGAUUUGGCAGCUUGCCACGGUGCUGGUAUUCCUGUGCAGCAUCGUCUCCUUGUUGUACAUGCUGGCUUGCACUCCGAGGGUGGAGGAUGGCCAGCCUUUGUUGCCUGGGGUCAGCGGGCCGACGGGGAAGGAGAACUUCCAGGUGUUGCUCGAGGAACGCGAGGAGCAGCACCGCAACUACAUCAGCAGCCUGAAGAAGCAAAUAGCGCAACUGAAGGAGGAACUGCGGGAAAGGAGCGAGCAGCUGAAGGUAGUGCACGAUCACUACGGUGAUUUGCAAGGAGGCAAGGUGGAUCUGAGCAGUCCAGAGAAGACGCAAGCGGGUCUGCUGCGAUUUCUGCACUCUCAGAUAGACAAGGCCGAAGUCCACUCGGGCGUUAAACUGCCCACAGAAUAUUCGGUGAUACCAUUUGAGAGCUUCACUCUCCAGAAGAUCUACCAGCUGGAAAUGGGCCUCACCCGACAUCCUGAGGAGAAACCGAUCCGCAAGGACAAGCGGGAUGAGCUGGUGGAAGCAAUAGAGGCUGCACUCGGGAUGUUAAACACCCCCGAAGACGAAGGAGCAACAAACCAUCGGAUGCAUGCGGCUGCUGACUUUAUUGAAGGCAUCUACCGCACGGAGAAGGACAAAGGAACGUUGUAUGAGCUGACGUUCAAAGGAGACCGAGCCCAUGAGUUCAAACGUCUCGCUUUGUUUCGCCCCUUUGGCCCACUCAUGAACGUUAAGAUGGAAAAGGUGGACACGGCCAACAUGCUGAUUAAUAUCAUUGUACCACUGGCAAAGAGAGCUGAUACAUUCCGGCAAUUCAUGCAUAAUUUCAGGGAGGUGGGUGUUCGACUGGAUGGCAGAGUUCAUCUCACUGUGGUUUAUUUUGGUACAGAACAAAUGACUGAAGUAAAAGCCAUACUUGAAUACAUGUCCAGGGAAGCAAACUACAAGAACUACACCUUUAUUCCACUGGAGGAGGAUUUUUCCCGCGGUAAAGGGCUUGAUGUCGGUGCUCGUGCUUGGAAGGGAAACAACGUCCUCCUGUUCUUCUGCGAUGUGGAUAUCUACUUCACAGCGGAGUUUCUGAACACAUGCAGAUUGAACGCCCAGCCAGGAAAGAAGGUUUUCUACCCUGUACUCUUCAGUCAGUACAACCCUGCUAUUAUUUAUGGCCAUCAUGAUGCAGUUCCACCCAUUCUCCAGCAGCUGGUGAUUAAAAAGGAUUCUGGCUUCUGGAGAGAUUUUGGCUUUGGAAUGACCUGCCAGUACAGAUCAGACUUUAUCAAUAUAGGUGGCUUUGACUUGGACAUUAAAGGCUGGGGAGGUGAGGACGUUCACCUCUACCGCAAGUACCUCCACAGCGAUCUGAUAGUGGUUCGGACGCCAGUCCGCGGCCUCUUCCACCUGUGGCACGAGAAGCGGUGCGUGGAUGAGCUGACCCCCGAGCAAUAUCGCAUGUGCAUGCAGUCCAAGGCCAUGAACGAAGCCUCGCAUGGACAGCUGGGAAUGCUGGUCUUCCGGCACGAGAUCGAAGCACAUCUGCGCAAAGAGCGACACAAGGUCAACACGAAGAAAACAUAAAGAGGAGCCUUGGCCACGUUGCCUUUUGCACCAAGCACCAAACACUGGCGAAGAUCCAGGAGGGAAGCAGGUUUCUGCAGCAAUUCGGACAGAGUAUGGCCGGACCUCUCUGUGAUGUUGCAUUCAAUGCUUCUCUGCAGUGUUGGUCAGAACUAUGCAGGUGGUAUUUGCAGAUCCCAACAUCCAGUCCUCUGAGAUUGAUGCAAGGAAAUUCCUCUGCUAAUGUGAGACACUGUACUGGAUGGUGGCACUUGAAGUUAUUUAUAAUUACAACACAACACGUGUGGGGUGCAUUCUAUUAAAGGCAAAGUCCUUUAUAUCAAA